AUGGCGCAAACCAACCAGAUUCUCCCGCCUAAAGAGCAGACGCUUUUCCGACAUCUUGUCCAGAAUUAUGAGACGAAGCAAUACAAGAAGGGAAUCAAAGCGGCCGAGCAGAUCCUGCGCAAGCAUCCCAAUCAUGGCGAUACCCAAGCCAUGAAGGCUUUGAUAAUGAGCAACCAGGGAAAAACAGAGGAGGCAUUUGAGUUGUGUAAACUUGCUUUGAAAAACGCCAUGAAGUCGCAUGUUUGCUGGCACGUUUACGGUCUUCUAUAUCGGGGCGUCAAGAACUAUGACGAGGCAAUCAAGGCAUAUCGGUUCGCAUUGAGGCUGGAUCCUGAUAGCGCACAAAUUCAGAGGGACCUUGCACUCCUUCAAGUGCAGAUGCGGGAUUAUGCCGGGUUCGUGCAAAGUCGUAAUCAGAUGCUCCAAGCGAAACCUUCCAUCAGACAGAACUGGACUGCCCUCGCGGUCGCAUUACAUCUCAGUGGAGAUCUGGAGAAAGCGGAGGACAUUCUCACUCGAUAUGAGGACACUCUCAAGACACCUCCGUCAAAAGGCGACUCCGAGAACGCGGAGGCGAUUCUGUACAAGAACUCGAUCAUUGCAGAACGCGGGGACACUGAGCGGGCGCUUACUCAUUUGAAAACCUUUUACAAGUCGGCUCUGGAUCGCGCUGCUGUGAUGGAGCUCAAAGCGCAAUAUCUUCUCCAGCUCGGCAGGUUAGAUGAGGCAGAGAAGGCGUACCGUGUCUUGCUCACGAGAAAUCCCGAAAAGCGUCUAUACUAUGAUGGUCUUGAGAAAGCAUUGGGUCUCGGCAGGGACGAUGCUGGGAAUCGACAGAAACUUGUUGAGCUGUAUGAUGGAUUCGCAGAGAAGAGCCAACGUGUCGACGCACCCCGAAGGAUACCUUUGGACUUUCUAGAUGGUGAAGCUUUCAAAGAGCACGCGGACCGGUAUUUACGACGCAUGUUCAAGAAGGGUGUCCCGAGCACAUUCGCCAACUUGAAGCAGCUGUACUCGGACACAGCCAAGCGGGAUACCAUUCAAGCACUGGUCGAAGGUUAUACAACAGAAGAUCUGGCCAAUGGUUCUGCCAACGAAGCGUCAACGCAGCCAGAUGAGAAAACCGUGCUGAACUGGAAACUCAGUGUCAACUACUUCCUUGCGCAGCAUUACAACUAUUUUCUCUCACGCAACCUAUCAAAGGCCCAGCAAUACAUCGAGACAGCCAUAUCACUGAACCCUUCCAAGACCGAUUACACAUACCAUAUGACGCGAGCACGGAUACAAAAGAAUCUGGGCAAUGUGGAUCAGGCUUCCAAGUUCAUGAAUGCUGCACGCGAGAUGGAUCUGAAGGACAGAUAUAUCAAUACGAAAUGCGCAAAGUAUCAGUUGCGGAACGAUGAGAAUCAGAAUGCGAUCGACACCAUGGGACUUUUCACCAGGAAAGAAGCCGUGGGAGGACCACUUGGUGAUCUCCUUGACAUGCAGUGCGUUUGGUUCAUCACUGAAGAUGGUGAAUCGUACCUACGUCAAGGCAACAUCGCUUUAGCAUUGAAGCGAUUCAAGGCCGUGUACGACAUUUUUGACGUCUGGACUGAAGAUCAAUUCGACUUCCAUACCUUCAGCUUGCGCAAGGGUGUGAUUCGAGCUUACGUGGACAUGAUCCGAUGGGAGGAUGAUCUGCGAGAGCAUCCAUUCUACACUCGCGCUGCAUUGUCAGCAAUUCAUAUCUAUUUGAAGCUUCACGAUCAGCCAAGCCUUGCGAAGGGUGGACAGCUCAACGGCGAAGGUUCAAGCGCAGCCGACCGAAAGAAAGCCGCUAAGAAGGCCAAAAAGGAGGCUGAAAAGGCUGAAGCGGAGAAGAAGGCUGCAGCUGCAGCUAAAGCGAAUCCCAAAGCCGACGACGAAGGUGUUGCAAAGAAAGAGGACACAGAUCCGCUCGGCCUCGAGUUGCUGAAGACAGAAAAGCCAUUGGAUGAGGCCUUGAAGUAUCUUACACCGAUCCUUGAGCUUAGCCCAAAGAGCAUCGAUGCGCAGAUCGCGGGCUUCGAGGUCUACAUUCGUCGGAAGAAGUACCUACCUGCAGCGAAAUGUGUUUUGGCUGCCCGGGCUAUUGAUCCAGAUCAUCCGAAAUGCCACGAGCAGAGCUCCCGUCUCAAACACGCACUCGAUACCUUGCCCGAAUCUCUCCCUCAACAGAUACAAGACGUGCUCCAAUCCACAUUCCUCUCGACGCUGAACAGCAAGCCCCUGAAAGAGUCCAAUGAGGAAUACCUCCAAUCUCACAGCAAGAGCGCUUCACAUGUUCAUUCAGUUGUCCGCGUGAGACAAGCAUUAUCACCAGACGAUGCGAACAUCAAGUCCAAAAGCGUUGAGAACAUACAGUCAACUUUGAGCCUCCCGAAGCUUUCGUUACGCGAAGUACAAGAGGGCCAGGAAUUGCUCUCGGAGUUGGGCGCGACCCAGGAUGCUAAAGAUGCGUACCUGAGCGGUGCACGGAAGCGAUGGCCGGAUGCUACUGUACUAAAAGCAUAG